UUGUCUUGGUGUUCAGUAUGAUACGACUAGAAGGGGUUGUGUUCAAGGCAACCACUUGUUUUUUUAAAUUUGUUUUUUUUACAUCAACAGACCCUUGCUGCCUGCCCCCUAACUUAUAAGUUUGCACUUCGUCGUCGUUUUGGUAGACUCUUCUUCAAAUGCGUUGUUUGGGCCAAGCGUCUCUCCAAGUCCAUUGUAUCGUCAAAGAUGGUGGUUUUGAAGUGUGAACCUGAACAGAUUUCUGCUCUGACAAGAAUCUGCACGGUUUUGGUUAGUGUGAGGAAGCAGUGUGGUUGUUGGCUGACAGAUGAAAACGCUUCCUUCUCUAAGAGCCUUCAACAAUCCUCCUCCUCAUGACCGACAACCUCGCUCAUCUUCAUGCAGCGGUAUGAGCGUGCUUUGCCUGUGACCUACUGUACAUCGGACAGUGCACACUAAUGAACAAUCAUCUGUGCAGACCGUAAAUGAGCCAGAUUAAAGCAUAGUUUUUAUCUGUAGUCCUCCAAUCCAGUGUGGGUGGCACUGGGAGCAAGGGUGAUGCCUCGGUCAUUUUUAGUAAAGCGGGGAGGUUUAGAGCCCCUUCAGUCAGAACAGAGUCCUGCAAUGAAUGCAGCAGAAAAAGAGAAGGGGUCCUGGUACACAUCCCAGGGGGACGCCACAGCACCCAUGCAGGAUAUUGACACAGUCGUCCUUGAAUCAUUGCAGAACUUUCCUGAUAACAAGUCCUCUGAAGAGCCCACAUCUGCUGAUCCCUGCUGUCCAGACCACAAAGAUACUUCCAAAGAAGCCCCUCAAGCCGCUGUGUGCUCCAGACCUCAAAUAUUUACUACGCAUGUGUCCAGUUUCAAGAGACACAUGUACAAGUGCCAUGGAACCAGGACGCCAGCACACAUCCUGUCGUACACAACAGAUAGGGGGAAGGAAAGGCCGUUUGCCUGCACAGAGUGUGGGAAAGCGUUCAAGCGCUCCUCCACCCUUUCCACUCAUCUGCUCAUCCAUUCUGACACCCGGCCGUAUGCAUGCCAGUACUGCAGUAAACGGUUCCACCAGAAGUCGGACAUGAAGAAACACACCUUCAUACACACUGGCGAGAAGCCCCACGUGUGUCACGUAUGCGGGAAAGGCUUCAGCCAGAGCUCCAACCUCAUCACCCACAGCCGCAAGCACAAAGGCGACUGGCCCUACCGCUGCCCUCGCUGCCUCUACAGCUUCCAGGACCGACGGAACUUGUGGCAGCACCAGUGUGCCCGCCGCUAACACAAGGCGAGAAGCACCACCUGUGUCACAUAUGCGGGAAAGCCAGAACUCCAACCUCAUCACCCACAGCCACACCAGUGCCUUCGCUGUCUCUACAGCUUCCAGGACCGAUGGGACUUAUGGCAGCACCAGUGUUUCCACCCGUAACACAUGCAGGUGGGCACCUUGUUCAGAGACAUACAGUAGCGGACUAUAUCGCUCCCUUUCAGAGAAAUAGUGGACUAUUUGCUCGACUUUGAACAUAUAGCAACCAGAAAUCUGCCAAAAAGGGUUGCGGUAACACAAAUCAAUCAUUUGGUAGUACUUUGAAUUGUGCCGAUCAACUGGCCACAAAUCUGUACUGGAUGAUAUUCUCGAAAAUGCAUGUGAUUGCCUUUGCUGGCUAAUACCUUUUUUAUGCAAAUCACAAAUGCAGAACUUUUGGUAUCGGUCAAUCUCACCCAUAGGUGAUCGGUAUCUGAAUCGGCAACAUAAAAUUCCUGAUCAGAACAGCCUUACUUUGAACCCUUUGCAAAAGUCACUCAUUUUUCCCACCCUUCAUAAUCGUUUAGCACACCCAGUCUGUUAGUCAUCCUCCAUACACCAGGAAGUCGCCUGCUGCCUAACAAACACAAAUAUAUAUUUUAUUCACACAUUUCCGUUUACGAUUCAGUCUAAGGAAGAUGUGAAUCUAAGCAAGGUGUAUAACGGGUCACCAACGCGGUGCCCGCGGGCACCAGGUAGCCCGUAAGGACCAGAUGAGUAGCCCGCUGGCCUGUUCUAAAAAUAGCUCAAAUAGCAGCACUUACUAGUGAGUUGCCUCUAUUUUUUUCAUUUUAUUUAUUUACUAGCAGGCUGGUCUCGCUCUGCUCGACAUUUUUAAUUCUAAGAGAGACAAAACUCAAAUAGAAUUUGAAAAUCCAAGAAAAUAUUUUAAAGACUUUUGGUCUUCACUAACUGACAAAGAAACAGAUAACAGAUUUGGUGUCCAGUUCAAAGUGUGACAUGAUUUAUUUAAAAAUUUGAGAGUUGACUUUUGUAUUUUAUAUAAGUUAUUAUUUGUACAAACACGGUGCAAAGUAAUUCAUGAUUUGUUAAAAAAUGUUAGUGGCUAGCUAGUUAAAAUGGGAUAUUGUGAUUUCACAAGACUGUCUUAGAAGUGAUCAUUUGAAAAUGUUCAAUUUGAAAAAUGUGCACUUAGAGAAAAUAUAAUAAAAAGUGUUGCAUAUUGAUAUUUAUCUGUUUCUAUAUAUAUUUAUUGUGAGACAUCAUUAAGAUGAUCAGUGUUUCCACAAAGAUAAAUAUCAAUUAUUAUUAAUAAUAACAUAGAGUUAAAGGUAAAUUGAGCAAAUUGGCUAUUUCUGGCAAUUUAUUUAAGUGUGUAUCAAACUGGUAGCCCUUCGCAUUAAUCAGUACCCAAAAAGUAGCUCUUGGUUUCAAAAAGGUUGGUGACCCCUGGUGUAUAAGGUUAAAGUAUUCCUAUAUUUUAUGAUAAACACAACAAUAAAUAACAUCUUGAUAUUUUUCAACAAAGCCUUAUGGUGUUUUUUCUUUUUUCUUCUUUUCAUAAGGUAAUUCUCUAUGAUAAAUUACAGACCAUAACCCUUUAUUUUUUUCUACACUUUGUACCCUGCGGCUUACAAGACUGUGCGGCUAAUGUAUGGAAUUUUUUUAUUUUUGCUUAUAGCCAUAUUAAAAAAGUUAAAAAAUAAAAAUAAAAAAGCAAAUGCAAUGACAAGGUUUUUUUCAUUGUUUUAUAUUGUUUGUGCUAUGUCGCCACCUUUUGGAUGAGUUUGCUCACUGCAGGUGACUAAAACUUCAUAUUUACUAAACCGUCCCAUGUGUGAUGUCUCUAGAAGUGUUUUCAUGCAUACACGUGCUAUCGCAAUGUAAUAAAGCUAGCGUUGUUAGCAUUAGCUAAUAUGACAACACGUUUACGAGUGUCUUUGUUAGUAUUAUUACCUUACAAUGGCAUUCUUUAUGUAUUGUAUUAGUUUCAUAAAUUCUCAGUAAAUUCAUCAAAAUGUCACCGUCUUGAGCUGAUUGGAGAGCUAGCUUCUGCAGCUAGUGGGUCCAUGACGAUGACUUCUGUUUUGUUUUUUGUUUGAUCAUCCUUUUUACUGCCGUGUUACACAGAUUGUUUAGAAAUGUAAAUAAACAUUUACAGAAUAUUUCUAUGUAAAUAACUCGUUUCACCAUGUAUAUGUCUGUGCCUUAUAGUAGUCCGGUGCGGAUAAUUUUGGAAAAAUAAAAAACUUUUCCCUAAAAUGUUGUGGGUGUGGCUAAUAUACCGGUGCGCUCUAUAGUCCGGAGAAUACGAUAAUUAUUGAGAGAUGUGUCGAAAUAAAGUUGUAAAGUCUUCAUGUUUAAAACUUUUCAUUUGAUUUGCUUGGUUUAAUUUGAUCAUAAUUGUGUUUUAAAUUAAAGAUUUAGGCUUAAGCAGUUUAAUUAUUUCUUUUUACUUUGUUA